AUUUUUUCCCCAGUUAUUAUCCCCAUCUUUUACUGUUUUCCUUUCCUGUAUUUUUGCUUAACCAUGAUUAUAGUUUUAUUCCUAGUUAAACUCUGUUUUUCAGUUGCCAUUAUAAUCCUGAGUAUAAUGAUUUGAAAAAAUUCCAUAGUGAAAAAUUAUAUAACUUCAGAAUGGCCAAGUUUGUGAAGCAUCUGCUGAGCCGGAGUAGUGAUAAGUCAAAGCAGGUGAAGGAGAAGGGAGACCAUAUCAGGAGAAAGUCCUGGGAGAGCAUUCUAUCUGGUUCAGGACUUGAGGAUCUCAUACCUGUCCACACAGGUGUGUACACUGUCCUACCAAAGUCUCAGAUCCUGUCCAAGCUCCACCUUGCAGCCUGGGUUGGGGAUGUUGAACGUGCCAGGAAGUAUUUGUUGAAGUACUCUGUUGAUACAAGGGAUUCAGAAAUGCGCACCCCUCUCCACCUUGCUGCUUGUCAAGGCCAUGACAACAUGGUCUCUUUCUUGAUCAAGAAUGGGGCUGCACUUGACUUAUUUGAUUCUUGUGGACGUACUCCUUUGCUCAAGGCAGUUGAAUGUAACCAUGAGACAACUGCAACAUGGCUGCUCCAAUCGGGAUCCCCAGUGGACAAGCCAGAUGCUCGUGGAGACACGUGCCUCCAUUACUGCGUCCGCAUUGGGAAUGUAUCCCUGGCAGGGUUGCUACUUGAGCGUGGGGCAAGACUGGAGCAGCAAAACAGAGAUGGGGAGACCCCGCUGCACAUAGCCAUCCAGAGCCACCAGUAUCAGGCCAUCCACUUUUUGCUUCGUCGUGGCCAUGAUCCUAAUGCUCAAGAUAAUCACGGUGUCACCCCACUGAUGGCAGCUUCUCAUGCUGGCAUGAUGGAUGUUGUUGAUGAUCUCAAGCAACAUGGGGCAGAUGUCUCAACCAAAGACAAGACUGGAAAGACAGUAGCAGAUCAUGCUCUUGAAGACCAGAGUGGUGAACUGGAAUCAGUGGUAGAUCCUCCACAUGAGACCCCCAUUGACCACAUUACUCCUGUCCCGCCUGAGGAAAAGUCUAAGAUGGGUUGUAUUACUUCUGAGUGGAAGCCUGGAGUUGCAUCACCUAACCUCAGCUCCUGGGGUGAUGAUGACUCCUUACCUCUCUCAGAGGAGGAAAAACAUGCAGCUCUUCCUGUGGAGAUGCAGAAAUUGCUGGAAGAGUUGGACUCAGGUUCUGGAGACUCAACUGGCCCAUUACAUCCUGGAGAACCCGAAGUGAAAGAACAUGGGGAGAGUCAGGCAUCUGAAGCAUCCUGGGAUGACUCUGGCUCCCUUCCACUAGACAGCGGGGACAGCAACACUGUGAGAGGGACUAUGGGUCGAUUGGGGACCUUGCAGGGCUGUGAAGAAUUUUGGGAGAAGAAUCCUGUUCUGCAGUCAUCUUCCCAUGGUGGUAGACCUGCAAGUGCUGACAGUAUGAACAGCCCACAGAUAGUGCAAUCUCAAAGUCAACUAACUGAUGAGGUGGGACCCCCCUAUUGUGAGGUGGGACCUGGUCAAGAAAUUCCCUCACUACUUCAUGGUGUUGAAUUAAAGGAUACUCUGGGAACUCUGCCAAAAUUUGAUAAAUUUGAUAACGAGAAAAAUGUUGAAAAUCAUGUGAAGUUUGCCCUCACAGGAGUUGCACUGACAUUGAAUGAAGUUGACAAUCUAGUUGGCAGUGCUCCCAACUCAAUUGAAUCAGCUUGGAGCAUUGAAGAUGAUCAGGAACACAUAUCUAAUCUUAGUUAUUCAGAUGAGUUUACACUAAGACCAGAAGAUAAAUUGGCACAUGCUGUGGAAGAUAUGCCUUUACCAAAUGAAAGCUCUGAAGCUCUCCAUUUGACUUGUUCACAUGUGAAUGAAUCUGAUGUACAUUUUGAAGUUACCAAAAAUACAUCUGGCAUUCUUUUAUCACCCCAUUCAAAUUCACAAUCUCCUACCCCAACUUCCUGGAGUGAAACAUCGUCUCCAGUAAUUCUGCAAGCACCAAUGCAGAAUCAAGUUCCAUCUGGCCCAGAACCACGUCUAAUAGUGCCAGUCCCACCCAUUGAUGUGCAGGAAAUCCCUGGUGUGAUUGACAUGGGCCCAGCAUCAGAGGAGACUUCAUCUUCAGAACAGAAUUUAGAACCUCUGAAUGAGUUUGUGUCUUCAUGUAUCCAACUUAACAGCAGUCUUGCUGAAAUUCCUACAGAUGUUGAAGCAGAAAGGUAUGCAAAGGUUCCAUCCCCUCCUCCAAGAAAAAACCGAAAGCAGCGCAACAACGACAGUGUAGUCAUAAAUAACUUGGAAACAGCAACACAGAGCAUGCAGACUGUUUCAUCUUCAUUCCUCAUCCAUUCAUCCACUCAGACUGACCUCCAGUCUGACUUUGAGGCUGCCUUUCAAAAAUUCACUGAAGACAUUACUGGGGUCAUCCAGCAUCUCUAUGAUGAGAAGUUGGUUUUACCCAGUUCCUGGCUGGAGAAACCAGAAUUGGUGAAGAACUUGGAGUCAAGUUUGUCAGGUUGGAAGGAAGAAAUUGUAGCAUUGCUUUCUGUAUAUGGGGAUGCUCUUCAAGUAUCCUUAUCUGCCUUCGCCAAAGACCUAAAGGAUACCCUUCUUUGCAGCAAGGAUGGAUUGGAAAGAAAGGAGGCAGAAGUGGAACAUGUGAAGGAAGAUCUCCAUCUGGCCCACAAGGAGAACCUGGACAUGUCUAAACAUAUUGCCAGUCUCCAGGGCUUCCUACAAUCUAAGGAGAGUGAGUUGGAGAGAAGAACUAAGGAGGUGAAUUCAUUGCAUGUAAAGUUGGAGAAGUUGACAGAGCAGCUGAAGUUGUUUGAAGGAGGGAAGAAAAGUGGUGAUGAGGUAAUCUUGCAGCUCAAACAGAAGAGUGGAUCCCUGGAGAAAGAAGUAGAGAGUUAUAAAGCAGAGUUAUUGGAGCUGACCAACAAGAUGUCAAGGCUGGUGGAGGAUCAACAAAGGAAAACAUCUGAGCUGGGAGAAGCAGAUAAAAUGUUAGAGCUGCUGAAGGCACAGCUGAAGGAUGCAAACAGUCAGCUGGAAGAGGUAGAGCAGGCACGAGAUGAGGCCCAGCAGGACAUCCACAAAUUCAAGGAAAAGUUCCAAAUCAUUGAGCAACAGUACCAGGUCUCGAAGGACAAGCUGGAGGAUGCAAGCACUCAGCUGUGGGAGAUGGAACGGACAUGCAGUGAGGCUCAGUUGGAUGCUCUGAGGUUCAAGGAGAAGACCCAACUCCUGGAAGAGCAGCUUCUGGCCUUAAAGGACAAGCGGGGGAAAGAUGAUGAGGAGUGGAUGAAACAAAGGGACAACCUGGAAGCACAACUCUGCACAACACAAAGCAAGAUUGCUGAGUGGGACUCCCUGUUGCUCAAACAGAAUGAAGAGAUGCAAGAAUUGGCACGUUCCAAAGCCUGCUUGGAAGAGGAAUUGGCUACAAGGAAAAAUGAGUUAUCCCAACUGCAGACAUCAGCCCAGGAUGCAGAAAGAAUUUGGAAGGAGUUAGAAUCCCUGCAGAAGGAGAAGAAUACAUGGGAAUAUGAGAGGAUGGAAGGGGAGAAGGCCAAGGCAUCCCUGAAGAAUGUUGAGUCUCUCCUCAAGGAAUCCCAUGCCUUGCAAGUGUCCAGUGAGGAGCUUCAACAGGAGAAUGAGCAGAGACUCCGAGAGAACUCCUUACGUGUUCAGGAGAUGCUUCGCUCUCAAGUGGCUCUGCUCCAAAAACAAAUUCAGGAGAAGGAUCACGAGUUAAAUGCAUUCAGACAUGAACGUACCAAGCUUCUUGAAGAUGUGAGGGCCUUCACUCCCAGGCCCCUACCACAUCCUGGAGAAGAAGGCCAGUCUUUGCACUUCAAGACCUCCCUCAGCUCUUCAAUGACUCACUUUGGGCAACUCCUAAAAGAUAUCCAGGCAAAGCUGGAAGAGAUGCCAGCCAAGAAGGAUGAGGAGGAAGAAAGAGUGAAAGGUGAAAUUGGAGAAGUUUGUUCCCACUGGUCCCAUGAACUCACCAAUGCCCUUUCCCAUCGCUUAUCUGGUGAUGCCAUUGAGUUGGAGAAGGAAGAAAGGAAGCCAUCAUUAAUCUUGGGAAAAUAUUUGCUGUGAUUUUUCUUAUCCUGUGAUCUCAUACCAUUUAAAUCUAAGCUAGUCACUCUAGAAAUCUUUUUCAAGUAUUUUUUUACCUUUGAAAAUAAAUUGGUUUCACC